AUGCUCUCCUUCCUUCUCGCCUAUGCCUUCUAUCCAGAGUUUGUUGCAUGGGUUGGUGGAAGCACAAGAGUAGGAUUUGCUGGGGACUACUGUUGCCAUCAUAAUGUUAUAAUAUUUUAUAAUCCGGAAGAAUUUAUUUUAAAUUACGAUAGAUACCGGCAUGCAUGUCAUUAUACUAUUCCAAAGAUGAUGGUUAAUCCAGGAGAGUUAACCAUCAGUCACCCCACCGGAAGAGUAUUAAGAUGGAUGGUGAUGCAAACACCAUUAAAUUGCAAUACCUAUGAUUAUUUCCAGAUCAAUGGAAACUCUGAAAAUUCAAUUUUUUUUGAUCCUAUGAGAGUUGAAAAAGGUAAACGUCAUUGCAUGUUCUUUGGUUCUAAUUCUAAUCAUAAUUUCACAAUAUACAAGAGUAAUUCAUUAACAGGAAGAGUGUUUGCCGAGAAUCUUAACAUUCCAAAUUCAUUAGUCGAAAUCACAGAGAAUAUUACGACAAUCAGUGACUGGAACAAUCUUUUCCUUUACUACGAUAAGCAUGAUUCUGGUACACAAUCAAUUGUUGGUGUUCAAAGUUUCAACAAGACUAGCAAUGAGCCAGUUUACAGCAAAUUCUACCGAACAUACGUAAAUUUGAUCGAAGUCAAAAAGAUUCCAUUAGAGUAUACUGCGAAGUUUGGCUACAACUCAUUAGAACUUGAUAAUGAAACAUACACAUGCAUCCUAUUCCCAGAUGGAAAUCAAGUAUUUGCAACAUUCAUUAACACUCAGGACAUCUUCUAUAGCAAUGGUCAGAAGCUGAAUGAAUUCCUUGUCAUCAACAAAAAUACAUAUAUUAGCCUGAAACCGAACAGUCCAGCUCUUCUUGAGUUUUAUGUUAUAGAAACUAACAAUGAAUGCCAAACAGUUGAUGCAAUGAUCAAUGCUGCAGACAAGCAAGCAAUUUUCGAUUCAUAA